AACAACGAGAGAGAAGAGAGAAAUCAAAUCAGACUAAAAGCUGAAACACUGUAAUUAUUGAAUUGCCCGCCCAAACACCAAACUCACUCCAGAUCCUAAAAUUCAAAUUUAAGUUUGUUUGUUUCUUUUAACGUUAGCUUUUUAGAUCUCCACUUCAAACAACCUCUCUCCGCACUCUUUCUCUCGACAAAGUUUAAAAACCUCAUAUUUUCAUUAAAUCCUUCGAAAACCCUUCUUUUCUUUUCUUUUUUUUCCUCUUUCAAUUUCAGGUAAAGGGAAAUGGCGACCUCAGAUUCCUCCAUUCCUCCUCUUCCUUCUCCUGCUCCUCUCGCUCCUAGAAAGGAGAACGUAACUCCCAUUGGUUCCAAGAUCGCGGAAUUAAAUGAAUCUAGGACUGAACUUCUCAAUAGAAUUCAAGGCUUAAAACAGGAUCUGCAAAAUUGGAGAACAAAGCUAGACACUCAGGUGACAAUCUAUCGUGAUGAGUUGUCACAGUUGAAGAAAUCAUUGAAUACUGAGGUAGAGCAACUUCGAUCGGAAUUUCAAGAGCUUAGGACUACACUCCAGCAGCAACAAGAAGAUGUUACUACUAGCCUGAAAAAUUUGGGGCUUCAGGAUAGCACAGGAGAUGCUAAAGAGGUCCAAGAAUCCAAGGUCGAAGUAAAAGAGGAGGACAGUGAAAAGACAGCUGAAAACUAGGCAGUUUUGUCUUGGAGCUGAGCGUUUCUUGUACUGUAUGAUCCUAGAGAGAGGAGAUGUUCAUCCAUCUCUAAAUUCAUUUUUCCGGUGAAUUCUGUUGCAGGUGUGAGUAAAAUCUGCAACCCCUUAGCUACUCUAGCACGACUCAGGAACUUGACAUUGUGUAUCAUUUCAUUUAUAACACCUUUCAAUGAAAAUCUCCAUCUUCAACCCCUA